AUGGACUUCUUGAUCACGAUCGCUGGUGUGAUUGUCAAUCAUACAUGGGUCCCCAUUAGCCGCCAGUUUGGUUACCUUAUUUCCUACAAACGCAACAUUAAGAAGUUGGAGAUAAAAUUUGAUGAACUAGAUGCUCUUCGGCAAGUUGUCCAAGGAAAAGUUGACGCAGCGAGACAUGAAAGACUUGAAGAGGUCAACACUGAAGUUCAAACUUGGUUGACAAAGGUAAACACAAUGGAAGAAGAGGUGAAGAGAAUCAAAGAUAAAGCUUCGUUGAUCUCCAACAAUUGCUUUCUACCAAUGAACUUGCACUAUAAACUUGGAAGAGAGGCUGCUCAUCAUAAAGAAACCACUGUAUGUCUUAUAAGAACGGGCAAUUUUGAUUGUGUGUCUCACCCGUGCCCACCCCCAAGCACUACCGAUUCAUUGUCGUUUAAUGGAGACUACGCGAUUUUCAAUUCAAGGAAGUCCAAUGAGGAGAAAAUACUUGAAGCAUUGAAGGAUGAAGCUGUGCACUCAAUUGGGCUUUGGGGCAUGAGAGGAGUAGGAAGGACAACAUUAGUGAAAGAAGUUGUGAAGCAAGCCAAGGGCUUGUUUGGUAGGGUGGUGAUGGUGACCGCAUCACAAAACAUAGAUCUAAACAGAUUUCAAACUGACAUAGCAAACAGUUUGGGCUUGUUUUUCGAGGAAGACAGACUGGGACUGGGACUGGGACUGGGACUGGGAGUAAGAACUUGGGAUUCACAAAUGCGAGUUUUCAAGCUUGAAAAAAAAUUAAGAGAUUCAAAAAAGAAAGUAUUGGUGAUAUUUCAUGAUUUACAGGAGACUUUUAAUCUGUCAAGUGUUGGGAUUAAACUUCCACAGAUGGGUACCAAUUGCAAAGUGGUGAUCACAGCAAGAAACAAAUAUGUCUGUUAUGGAAUGAAGUGCCAAGAGAUUGUGGAGAUGAGAGCAUUAACAGAAGAAGAGUCCUGGAGUCUAUUCAGGAGUAGAGCAGGGGAUGAAGUGGAGUCCCCCACAAUGAAGGAAUUGGCACGGAAUGUGGCCAGAGAGUGUGCUGGUCUGCCUCUGGCACUGGUGUUUCUUGUUACAACACUAAAAGGUAAGAGCCCUGAGAUUUGGAAUACGAUGUUGGAGCGACUAAGAGGGUCUAUGGAGGUGGAUCUCCCAUGUGUGAGUAAACAAGUUUUUCAAUCCAUCCAACUGAGUUUUGAUUUAUUAGAGAGUGAGGCAGCCAAGUCUUGCUUCUUGCACUGUUGUCUCUACCCUGAAGAUAAGAAUAUUCCUAACAAUGAACUGAUGCAUAUGAUGGUAGGAGGGGGCCUCUUAACAGAUGUUGAAACUCUAAACGAAGCACAGAGCAGAGUGGAUCAACUGCUUGAGCGGCUAAAAGCUUGUGGUUUGCUUCUUCAAGAUAUGUAUAUAGGUUGUGUAAGAAUGCCUGAUGUCGUUAGGGAUGUGGCGACAUCUCUCUGUGCGAAAGAUCAUACGUUCUAUGUAGGAGCAGCUGGGCGAUUCCGUGCAGAGUGGCCAAGACAUACUGAGAGUGAGAUGCAAAAUUGCCGACGGCUUUCACUGAUGCACAGCAAUAUUGCAGAUCUUCCUCCUGAUCCAAUGGAGUAUCCAAAACUUGAGACGUUGAUCCUGAGAGACAAUAGGUGGUUAUCAAGCAUCCCAGAAAUGUUCUUCCUACACAUGGGAUCUCUGAUGGUUCUUGACUUGAGUUCUACCAACAUUAGCUCACUACCAAAAUCGCUCUCUUGUCUCACUAAUCUCAGGGUAUUUAACCUGAGGAAUUGUCGUUUUCUUAAAGAUAUUUCUCACAUUAAUGGUCUGAAGAUGCUUGAAAUGCUUGAUCUGGAAGGUUCUCCGGUGUCCAUUGCUCCAGAAGGAGUAGGAUGGGCACAAAAUGUCAGAUUUAUUAAUUUGCGUUGUCAUAUACGUUUUUUAAUGCCACCUUCCCUUGAUGAUUAUUUUUCCAAGGUUUUGCCAAGAUUUCACAGGCUGGAACAAUUGUUCAUGGACAAGUUUGCAGGUAGCUUUCGAGAGUUGCUAAGAUUGCGGCAUCUAACUCACUUGUUCAUCACAGAAGCGGUGGACUUGGAUGAUCCCAUAUCACAUGAACCAAUCUCACCAGGUUCUUGGCCCGAUGGACUUCUAAAUUUCAGCCUUUCUUUUCUCCAAGACAGGAAAUUGCAUUUUUUUGUUCGCAAUAAAAGAAGAUGUUUGAAACUGAUGGGAACCAAGCCCUUGGCUGUUUGGGCCAAGAGAUUACUUGAAACAACAAUAACGUUGGUAUUAACAAAAUUCCAGGAAACUGAACUCAUUUCCCUCAACAGCGAUAUCCCAUGGCUCGCGCUCUCAAGUUUGGAAAAUCUUAAAGUUGUGAAGUGGCAAAAUUUGACCAAGUUGUUGGGGGAUGAGUUAUCAUUGCAUGAAGAAAUGCACCUCAGCCAACUCAAAAAAAUGACCAUAGACAAUUGUCCCAGGUUGACCGGUUUAAUACCAACAAGCCUUUGGCGGAGUAUGCAGAAACUAGAGCAUCUAAAAGUUAAGCACUGCCCUAUGAUGCUGGAACUGUUUCCAUGCGAUCACAAAAUUGAAAAUUGCCAAGAGAUGAGUGAGAUGCCCUCUUCUUGUACUUCUUUGCAAGCCCCGUGCUACUUCCAGGGACUUAGAAAGCUCAAGAUCCGGUCAUGUCCAAGACUUAGGCAUCUUUUCUCCGACAAGCAAGCAAAAAACAUGCAACAUUUGAUUGAGCUUUCUAUAACAGAUUGUGCUGCAUUGAAGACUGUGGUGAUUUCCACAGAAAAUAAAGAGGAAGCAUCUGCAAGCACAUCCACACAUGUUGCUGAUCAUGAAUCUGAUAAUAGCCCUUUCCCUAAUUUGAGACAACUUGUCUUAUAUGAUUUGCCUCAACUCACUGCCUUCCAUCACCUCGCAGCAACACCCAUGGGGUGGUCAGGUCUUCAUAGUUGCAUGAUACUCGGCUGCCCAAAACUAGAGCCUUCGGCAGAACGAAUUCAAUUGAUAAGGGCGAGGAAGAACAAGGCAGGUGGUGUGAAAGCACAGGAAGAAGAGGGAAAGGAAGAAGAGGCAGGUAGUGCGAAAGGAGAGGAAGAAGAGGCAGGUGAUUUGGAACCUGAUUGGUAGCUUGAACCACUUAUUACUAUGAAUGGUUACUGUCAGAGAGUGUCCUGAGAUGCUGACAUUAUUUCCAUACACUGCUGGAAUGGUGGAUAAUAAGAAGAAACCAUCGUCAUCAUCAUCAACAACCUUGCAAGGCCUUGGAAUAUUCAACAGCUUAGAGUUCUGCAUGUUGUUUCUUGUCCAAAACUGACGUAUAUCUUCUUGUUGAAACAAGUAGGUGAACUGCAACAUUUGGAAGAACUACAUGUAGAAGACUACCCUGCAUUAGAAGGAAUUAUGGUUUCUGAAGAAAAAGAAGCUGAUGAAUACUUGUUUCCUCUGUUGAAGAAGCUUUGUCGGUAAGCUUGCGUGAACUCACUGACACAAAUGGAGUGCUGUCUCUGGACUACCUUGGACUCAGGUCAUGUCCAAAUAUUAUGCAGACUAGGCUGAUUAGACUAGGCUGAUUAGACCCGUGAACUCUGAAAGAGUUGGAUUGAGCUUGUAAAUGGAGGCAAUCUUCAUCACAGAGGCAAUCCAUGAUUUACUCUCUGAUUCUGGUUGUGUUUGUUUGUUGGUGGUUUGGUUUGGUUGCGUAUUGUUUCAAAUAUCUGCUGGUGUUUGGUUGCUGAUGGCUAAUUUGUUUGGUUUGUCUGUGUUUUGCUGCUUUUGAUAAAAAAACCUGCUGCUAUUGCUUCUGGUUUGGUUGGGAAUUUGAAUUAAACUCUAUUUUAAUGUAUUGUUUGGAAUUAAUAAAUUGUUUGUGACGAAUAAGAUGGUGAAAUAAAAAG